AUGGCAGUCGUGACAGUUAAACAAUUGGCUUUCAUAUUUGGCCUCUUAGGUAAUUUGGUAUCAUUCAUGGUGUACCUGUCGCCUGUGCCGACCUUUUUCAAAAUUUACAAGAGGAAAACAUCAGAAGGGUAUCAAGCAUUACCAUAUAGCGUGGGCCUCUUGUGUGCUUCUCUAUUUUUGUACUAUGCUUUGCUCCAAUCUGGAAAGUUUCUGAUACUCAGCAUCAACACCAUUGGAUCUACCAUCCAAGCCACCUACCUAGUAUUGUUCAUAAUAUAUUCUCCCAGGGCCGGGAAGGUUGCGACAUUGAAAAUGAUACUCAUACUCAACGUAGCAUCACUGGGCUUGGUGCUGCUCCUCACCACAUUAUUUUCAAAGGGGAAGACACGUAUCCAAGUUGUAGGAUGGAUAUCUGCUGGAGUUAACAUUGGCACAUUUGUUGCUCCUCUUAGCAUCAUUAAACGUGUGAUAGAGACAAGAAGUGUAGAGUACAUGCCCUUCAACCUGUCCUUCUUCCUCACUAUCUGCGCAACCAUGUGGUUCUUCUAUGGAAUUUUUGUGAGGGAUUUCUUCAUUGCUAUACCUAAUGUGGUGGGAUUUGUAUUCGGGAUAGCUCAAAUGUUCCUUUACAUUAUAUACAAGUACAUGAUGAAGAGCGAUGAAACAACUCUGGAGCAGCUUGAAGAGACUACAGAAAGGCCAUUGUACGUCCCAACUGCCAAUCAUGAACCAAGCGGCCAGGAGUUGAAGGCUGUUACUAUCACGAGUCCGCGCCAGGUUGAUUACUUCACUGAACACCAUCCCAUGUUCAUGGAAAGAGAUGAAUACCUUUCUUAG